AUGGAGAGAGAAAUGAGACGACCGAACCCAAUCAACAGCUCUCGCCGGCCGGAGAUAGGGGCCGGUAGUACUCAACUCCCGGAAAGCCCACGAGGCCCAAUGGAGUUCUUGUCAAGAUCCUGGAGCGUCUCUGCCUUGGAAGUCUCCAGGGCUCUCCACACUGCCAAAACAGCAGCAGCUCCGACCACAACAAGAACGCCUUCCCUUAACGCCACAAUACCGGAAGAAAGUACAAACCCUGAGAAAGAAGAAUGUCAGGCAGAGAACAGCCAGUUCUCGUUCUCUGCUUCUUCUGCAACUUCACAGCUUGUUCUUGAGCGCAUUAUGUCUCAGUCGGAGGUGUCACCGUUAACGUCGGGGAGAUUAUCACACAGUAGUGGCCCACUCAACGGCGGUGGUUCUUUUACGGAGACUGACAGUCCUCCGAUAUCUCCCUCUGAUGACUUCGACGACGUCGUAAAGUAUUUUCGUUCCCACAACACCAUUCAGCCUCUCUUCUCCGGCACAGGAGGCUCCCGUGGUACCACUGGAAACGGCAGCAGUACCCCCGUGGCUGGAGCACCCCCUAAGACUGUUGGCAGGUGGCUCAAGGACCGUAAAGAAAAGAAGAAGGAAGAGAGUAGAGCUCACAAUGCACAUGUCCAUGCAGCUGUCUCUGUAGCAGCCGUUGCAUCUGCCGUCGCAGCUAUAGCAGCAGCUACAGCUGCCUCUUCACAAGGUAAAAACGAGCAGAUGGCCAGAGUUGAUAUGGCCAUGGCUUCUGCUGCUGCACUUGUGGCCGCUCAGUGUGUGGAGGCUGCUGAAAACAUGGGUGCUGAGAGGGAUCAUUUGACAUCCGUUGUCAGCUCUGCGGUGAAUGUUAAGUCUCAUGAUGACAUUGUCACACUCACGGCGGCUGCUGCAACAGCUCUGCGAGGAGCAGCCACAUUGAAGGCAAGAGCGCUUAAAGAAGUAUGGAACAUAACUGCUGCGUUGCCAGCCGACAAAGGUGCAAGUUCAGCGGCGCUGUGUGGUCAGGUUGAAACAAAGCAUAGCGGUAGUAGCUUUAGUGGAGAAUUACCCAUAGCUGGGGAAGACUUCCUUGGCGUCUGUAACCAGGAACUACUAGCUAAAGGCACUGAGCUCCUCAAACGAACUCGUGGAGGUGAUCUCCACUGGAAGAUUGUUUCUGUCUACAUGAACAAAGCAGGUCAAAUUGUGCUGAAAAUGAAGAGUAAACACGUCGGGGGGACAUUCACGAAGAAGAAGAAACAUAUGGUGCUGGAAGUGAAAAAGGACAUACCGGCGUGGGCAGGCAGGGAUCUGUUUAACGGGGACAAGCAUCACUACUUCGGCUUGAAGACAGAGACAAAGAGAGUCAUCGAAUUUGAGUGCAGAAACGAAAGGGAAUAUGAGAUAUGGACUCAGGGAGUUUCCCGCCUUGUAGCCAUCGCUGCCGAGAGGAAGCAGAAAAACUCCAUGUCCAAAUGGUGA